AUGAAUUCUGAAGCUUUAUGCUUGAAAUUAGCAUCAAAACAUUUUGAUGAACUAAUUAUCUAAGAAUUACUAUGUGAGGGAGACAAGUCAGAAUUAGAUUAUGUUAAACAAGUAUGGGAACCUGCAGAAGAAUCAACAUCAGUUUCAAUUGAAUCAUCAGAAAGUUGUGAAUAUGCAAAAAAAAUACGAUUAAAAAAUCAUAUCGAAAAAUUCCUAGAUAGUUAAUUACAUUCAUCGAUGAUUUAGAGAUUAAGGGAAAUAUAAUGA